UAACCAAUAUCUGGCCUCCUUGCUGCUAUACCUGCAGUUUCCUCAUUUAUUCGCUAGCGCUGGACUCUAAACGCCAUUACGUACUCUGCUGUCCAGGUAUCAAACCACCUCCGGAGUUCGCUCCAGACGAUCAAAAAAAGAUCUAGGCUGGAUGUCUGUGUGCUCUAUGGCCAGCAGCUGGAUUACAUUUCAGUAAUUCAAGCCAAUUGACUCGAAGCAGUAUAACAAUCAUCAUUGUGCUUCUACUUGUCCGACAGUGAGCUUGUCUCGAUUUGGACUUCAGUGUAGUCUAGCAACAACCACUACAAGCAAAACAAUCACAACAUGAACCUCCAAGAGGUUUCAAAGUUUUUAAUUCCUGUUCUGGUGGCAGUACUUGCCCUAGCGAUGGCUGAUGAAGGCGUACACGACCCAAGUCUCUAUCAGUUUCUUGACUUUACACGAGUGGAGCAAAGCCAGAAAAAUGAAGGACAUCGACCGUUCAGAUGGCUCAACAAAUUUCGCCGGAAGUCUCAAGCACCAUCAAGAUCACACUCGGAAUCUACCACUACAAAAGAGCAAAAAGGUUCACAGAUACCAUUAAAUUACGUUAUUGAAGACGUGUCUACACAAUACCGACCGCAACCAACUUACCAUCAAGCAGCGCAACAUCAACGGGGAUCUGUUAAGAAGCCAAAAGACACUUCUUACAUCAUCCUACCACCACCACCAGCGGGCCAAGCUAAACAGAUCAACAUUCCAUCACACGCUGCUUAUCUUAAACAGCAAAAGAAACCAAAGAUGCCGCUCGUGGCAGCUUACAAGCAGCGUCAACAAGCUAACAAUCCACUGCACCCACCACCAUCUCCACCAAGCUCAGAUUACAAACAGCAAGUAGGAGAGGUGGACUACAACAUCCAGAAACCUUUGCCAAUCCCCUCAUCUCAGCAGACCCCAGAUUCCCUUAGGAAUGUUCCACUUGUAUUGAAUGAUGGAAGCCAUUCCAGUGAGGAUUCUACUCCAACUCAUGUUGGUUCUCGCUAUUCGAAAUGGUUGAACAAGAUGCGACGGAACAAAGGUCAUCACAAUCAGCCUGAAAAACUAGAAAACCAACCGCCUAAACCCCAUAAUAAACCCUCGGAGAACCUAAAUGAUCCUUCGUACUAUUUUCAGAAUCCAUCUCCCAAUAACCAAUUGCAGCCUGUUUCACAUCAGUCAGUUAGUGGUCAUGUAAACGCUAAUGGUUAUCGCCAACCUCAAACGGUUAACAGCGGACCACAGUUAGCUCCACCGAGACCUGCCAACACCAGGCCGGCAGAACCAACUUACAGCUCGCCGUCACCUGCGCCAUUUCGCCCAGAGGCUUUUCCCACAGUGGCUUCGAAUCAAGGUCUUCAAGAAAAUUCUCCAGAUUCUGGUGAAACAGCGGACCAAACGCCACCCCCCAACAGGAAGUCGUUCUAUUCAAAAUUUAUGAAAAAGCUCAAAGGAAAGAAAGGGCAGAAACACGAAGAAACAGUGGCCGAAGAAGAGCCUGCUUUAACACCAUUGCAAACACCAUAUAAACCACCGGUGGAACCGGUAGUUUACCGACCUUCCCAACCGACUAACUACCCACCACAACCAACCCCGUCUAGGCCAUCUAACGUGAAACCAUCACGUCCAGCGAGACCAGCACCUUACAGUUCUUCUGGUACUGUUCCGACUGCGCUUAACCCACAUGCACCAGCUUAUCAAGACGCUCCUGCUCCUACCACUUACUCUCCACCGCAGAAUCUAUACAACAAAUAUUCACCGAGACCAACUUAUGCCACCACGGAGAAACCAGUGGCUUAUUCACCAUUACCAGAGGAGGACAGCUUCUUUUCACCACCGAACAAACCAGAUUUUAUUCCUUCACCUUUUCAUGGACAAUCGGAAAAAGGACAAGGAAUUCAUGAGGAUCCCGAAGAUGGAUUCUUUGAAUUCGGCAUUUUCCCCAAAAAUAAUGGCUUUUUUGAGCAGAAUUUUAAGGGUUAAAUCACUGUCAUUAUCCUGUUUCAAGCUCGUAUGAAAGGUAUUCUUUUUUUUUGGAGAAAGGGAUGAGGUUUUCUCGCACAUCUUUACGUUCCAAAAUCAAAAAGAGCGGGCUCUUGUUGUCAUGGAAACGUAACUGUCUUUGCAUUUUUACUUGUAUGGUAUUUUUCACGAAUUCUCUUAAUUCCAAUUACACAAAAUUUUUUAUUUGGUUUCACCCUUU